CGAGCGCGGCCAGUGAGUCACGUGUCACGCACGCUCCGAGCGCUGUACGAAACUUGUAUCGGACUCGAGUGUGAUAGCUUGUAUACAAUAGGUUAACGACUGAAAAGUGCCUGAAAAAAAGUAUAGUGCCUUCAGUGUGUGUGAAGGAAGUUGUCUAAUACACUGUGUGUGUGUGUGUGUGUGUGUGCGGCGGUCGUGACGUGCGACUGUGUGUGUGCGUUUUGUUGUGAUCACACACACCAACACCAUGGCAGCGAGGACCGUGUGGAUGCUGUGCGCGCUGCUGGUGCUGCUCCUCAACGAAUGCUCCUCAGUUAACGGUCAUGUAGUAGAGAAACGGGAAGCUAGCGACGAAUAUGACUUCAUGGGUGAUGAUCCCAGUGAUGAUGAUACCCUGAACGACGCUUAUGGUGAAGGCGAAGAAGGGAAUACAGAAAACAUUGUUAUUGUUACAAAACCCCAAGUUUACAACGUCAGUGCCGGCUCCACGGUGAUUUUGGAGUGUAAUGUGGAGCCUAAAGGAAAUAGCGCUGUGGUGCAGUGGCUGAGAAAUGACAACAUAUACUUUUUGGGGUCGAUGACGACAUUAACCGACCACAGAAUAAAACUUGUCCACAAUACAUCCAUGGCUAUAUCGAACGUAACACCAUCCGACGAGGGCGAGUAUAAGUGCGUAGUGACACAGAAAAAGCCUCUCACACUCACCCACAGAGUGGUCGUCACUUCGAAACCGAACAUUCUCGAUUUAUCUGCUACAAACAACGGCAGAGUACACGAGGGAAACCGUCUAGUUCUGAACUGCGAUGUGAGCGGCUCACCACCUCCCAAGAUAGUGUGGUCACGGCAAAGAAAGGGAUCCCAUGAUAACGAACGCUUGCUUGAAACCGACGGCGUGUUCAGUCUGAACAGCGUGACAAUCGAACACGUCAAGCCUGAACACAGUGGAACAUACUAUUGCUACGCUUUCAACGGAGUGGCCGCCGAUACCAGAGAUAUACAAAUCACUGUGCUUUACAAGCCGAGAGUACACGUACACCGGCAGGAGACCAACACGGCACUGAACGUGCGAACUGAACUGCAGUGCUCCGCACACGGGGAGCCCGCACCAUACCUCAGUUGGUACAAGGAUAACCAGUUAAUCAACGAAGGAGUCAUCAACGAUGACUCCCAUACUCCUCUCUCCACUCUCGUAGUGGUGCCUAAAAGUGAUAGUGAUUUUGGCACGUACACUUGCGUUGCGAUCAACAGUCAUGGACGGCACAACUCUUCCGUGGAACUUGUCCAGAGGCCAGUCGUGGAAGACGUUGAGGCGGACGGUGCCAAGGUUGCCUGGAAGGUCCACUCGCACCUGCCACUCGAAGCUGUCCAGAUUCAGGCAUUCCCAUUCGGCAUAGACGAAUCUGUGUCGCAGAAUCCUAGUGAUAUAUCUGUAUCACUGCCACAAGAAAGUGGGUUGAAACUGUACGAAAUGAGCUAUGAGAUUAGCAGCCUCCCUGCUGGCAAGUAUGAGGCCAUCGUCAAAGCGAAGAAUAGUAAAGGAUGGAGCAGAGAACCUAAGCCUGUGAUCCUCAAUAUUGUUGAGCAGUCCAUGUAUAUCCAACGUAGCUCAGUAUUCCGAGGUGCUGCCAGUAUGGUGACGGGAUCCACGACUCUCCUAUUGACCACACUCACCUAUCUCCUUGUCCGGAAGCUGUAAAUGUAGUGUUAAUUACUUAUUUAUUGUUAUAUAUAGUACAUACUACAACUGCUUUUAAGUGUUUGCAAUUGUCUACUUGAUAUAUAUAUGAGACAUUAUUAAUAUUACAUUAGGGAAUUACACAACUAUGAAAUUGUUAAAGACUAGGUACAAUAAAAUUCAGUCACAUCUGAAAUUCAGACGUUUUUGACUGAAUUCUUUCUUCCAUUCAUUGAUGAAUCCUGGCGAAUCACUUCAAAUUAAUUAACAAUAUACAUACAGUUCUAUUAUACAAUCCCUAUCAAUUGAUCAAUCAGUCACUGCCUCAAUCCAAUUUAAUGUAUGACAGUUUGUGAAUUCGUCAAUAUAUAAGUUUACAAUUAGGUAUUACUAAAUAUAUUGAAUCAUACAAUAUAUAGUUUUUUUUAUAGAUGAAUGUGGAAUAGUGUACUUGCCUGAUCUGACGGUAUAUACUAACAUUACACCAGUAGACGAAGAUAGUAAAAACAUAUGGUCAAGUAUUUUUUUUAUACCACAAUGGUGAUAAUAAAGCAUACAGACCAUCUGAUAGUAAAUGGCUAUAAACGUCUGAAACAUCAGGAAUGUCACGUGUGCGUUCUAGAAAAACCUAUGUUGUAGUCUCUAAUUAGUCCAGUAACGAAUUUACUAGGAACUUUCGGUGGUGAUCGCGUGGAGGUCGACCUGUCAAAUGGUGUAACUAGUACUCAUUAUUAAUAAUGCCCUCCCUAGUAUAAUUGUAAGCUUACAAAGUUAUCUAACUAUAACUUAUAACUUACCAUAAAUAUUUAUUUACGGUGUAUACAGCACUCUAUGGGAAAGAGUUUAGGAUGGAGUUGAAUCUCAUGAGCCUAUUUUGGACUACUCUAGUUAAUCCAAGUCAAUAUUUAUCAUAUUUUCGGUGGUCUAAAGGUGUAGCACAACACUUUACUUCCAAUGGUCGCGGGUUCGAUUUCUCGCACGUUACAAAUAUUUGUAUACAUGAGUAUGAUUGUUUGUAUCAGUCUGAGUGUUUUUUAAAUGUAGGUUAUGUAUGUAUUUAAAAAAAUAUCUAAGUAUAUCAGUUGUCUAGUACCCAUAGAGUAUAAGCUCUGCUUAUCUUGGAACUGGACGUUGUGUGAGUUGUCCAAAGGCAUUAUUAUUAUUUUGGUAACAGAAUUAACUAGGGCUUUCUGAACUAGGCUUACAAUUAAAAUGAUUGGUCGAUGAUAUAAUAAACACAUUAUGUAUAUCUUUAACUAA